UCUAAAGCUUAGGAAAGCAAUGUGUGUGAGUGUGUUAUAUAUAUUAAGGCUAUAUUUUGCACUUCGGCUUCUUGAAGAAGCCAGGGAAAGCACUAGGCAAAGUUUCCCGCCCAUUUCUCUUCACUCUAAUCCAUCAAUGGCUCCCAAAUCCGAUAGCGCAGAAGCGAUCGUGCUCAACUUCGUAAACGAGCAAAAUCGUCCACUGAACUCCCAAAAUGCAGCCGAUUCAUUACAAAAGUUCAAUCUCAAGAAAACGGCGGUGCAAAAGGCACUGGAUUCCCUCGCCGACACUGGACGGAUUUCUUUCAAGGAGUAUGGCAAGCAGAAGAUAUAUAUCGCUCGGCAAGACCAAUUUCAGAUCCCCAACAGUGAGGAACUUACUCAGAUGAAGGAAGCAAACGCCAAACUGCAGAAACAUCUAGACGAGCACAAAAAGGCUAUUAGUCAGGUUGAGGAAGAAAUCCGAACAUUGCAGUCAAACUUAACUCUGGAACAAAUGCGGGAAAAGGAAGUUAUGCUCAGAAAGGAGGUUAAGGAAUUGGAAGACAAAUUAGAAGUAUUGCGCAGAGGUGUAACGUUGGUGAGCCCAGAAGACCGCAAAGCAAUUGAGCAGAUAUACUCUGAGAAAUUAAGCCAGUGGCGAAAGCGAAAAAGGAUGUUCAAAGAUAUAUGGGAUGCUAUCACUGAGAACUCACCCAAGGAUUUAAAAGAAUUUAAGGAAGAACUUGGCAUCGAAUACGAUGAAGAUGUGGGCGUGAACUUGCAGUCAUUUAGCGAUAUGUUACCACAAAAUCGAAAGAGGCCCAGGGGUUAUUAAGUCCAAACUCAAGUUUUAAAAGCAUGAAACAAGAAAAACAAAUAAUCUUACACGAAAGAGGGCUCUCUCAUGGUGGCCAAGCUGCAGCAACUGAACUACAUCAGAACGAGCCUGGGAGGACCUGACCUGGCGUUGGUUUGCAAGAACAGCGAGCCGAGAUAUGGCCAAGUUCACAAGAGCUUUGAACCUUGUGGUCUUAAAGCUUCUUCCCAGCAGUGCAUCAAGUUUCUUUCCCAUCACUCCAAUGUUUCUGAGAGAUCUUUGUUAGGAGAACUCCGAACAACUUCUCCUUUCAUGGAGGGAAAGCGGCUUUAAAAUACACAGCCACGUCAAUAGGUGAAUUAUAAGAGUUAGCCACGUGGACGCCAGGUAGAAUUCAAAAGGAACAUAAAAGUAUAUAACAGGUUUAGACUUUAAUGACUUGAAAAGAUCUAAGUUUUUCUAAUUCAUCAACUACCAAGUUGCCUUAUUUUGAAUUGGGUCUUUUCUAGAUAGUCCUCUAAAUCACUUUUUUAUUUAAUACCAUAAAUUUCAAGAUUUGAGAUCUACAAUUGGUGAAAAUAAAUUAAUGUACUAAUUUCUUCUCUUAA